GCACCCAUGAUCCAGUGUGCCAACUCAUCAGAGAGGACCAUCAAGCCUGCACACGUCAUCCGUCCAGCCUUGGUAAUCGAAAGCGACGCUAAUCCCGCUCCUCUCCAAAGCCUGGCGAUGGGGUGGGGUGGGACCGGCAGAGAUCCCGAGGGAGACAUGAGGGAGGAAGUAGGAUACUGGAGGCAAGGAAGUGUGUGUAGGUUUUGGGAAAGAAGAGGAACUCAGUAACCCGAGCUGCGAGACACCGGAAGGCUCCUGCUUGAAUCCAGGGGCCACUGAGGAUUUGGGAUCCCAGCUCUCUUCCAGGCUUCGCCCUGGAGGCCACAAACCUGAGUGAGGACUCUGCGGAGGGGGAAUGCUGCAGGAGCUGCUCGCCUCCUGCUGCACCCCCUCUCCUGCCACCUGUACUGGAUGUGGAGGGGCCGAGCUUCACCACGGUGGAGCUGUGCCAAGAUGGAGAAGACUUCUGCCUGACAGCCAGUGAGGGAGGAAUGGAGGAGAUGAGUGCUCAAGAUCCAGACUGCGAAGACAUGCAAAGGAAGGACCAGAGGUUGCCAUUCCAGAUCUUCCCCGACCCCGUGGAGGUGGUCCUGAGCGCAGAGACGUCUCUGAACAGCCAGCAGCAGGAGCACGAGAAGGAGCGCCUGCCCUCCAUCGUGGUGGAGCCCACCGAGCUGAGCGAGGUGGAGAGCGGAGAGCUGCGCUGGCCGCCAGAGAACAUGGACAUGGAGGAGGACGAGGAGGACCUGUUCUUAGAGCAGUGCAUCCCUCCGGCCAACAUCGCAGACUGGGGAGAGGAUGAGGAGGAGGAGGAAGAGGAGACGUCAGUCAUACUGAACCAGCCGGGCUUGACACUUAUUGACCUGCAGUCGGAUGCAUUCAGAGACGACACCCCGACACUUCCACCGAGCAGCGCUCCUGCCUUCAACUGAUAAUACCUCCGAGAAGUCUUUCCCUGCGUGAG